AAAUCGAGGCCAUACCACACCACCAAAGCACAUACAAACACAUAGAGCAAGUGAAAGCAAUUUUUCAAUAUGUCUAAAGUUGCAGGCCGCACCGACUGGGCGGAGGAAGAGGACGACGUUCUCGAUCUUCCCGCACCCCAGGUAACCAAGAACAAGGACGGCACCGAGACGAUUGUCUCAUACCGGAUCAACGACCAAGGCCAGAAAGUCAAAGUCACACGCAGAAUACGAAAGAAGGUUCUGAGAACCGUAGUGAACCCUCGCGUUGCAGAGCGCAAGACAUGGGCCAAGUUCGGCGAUGAGAAGGGCAAGCCGCCGGGCCCGCAGACGGACACGACGAGCGUGGGCGAGAACAUCGUUUUCAGGCCGAUGGUCAACUGGAGGGCGAGCCAAACGGCGGAGGCAGACCCGAUCGAGCAGAAGAAGGCGACGCUGAAGGACACGAAGAUCAAGUGCAGAAUCUGCUCGGGCGAGCACUGGACGUCAAAGUGUCCGUUCAAGGACACCAUGGCCCCCGAGGGCGAGCCAGGCGUUGGCGGGGACUUUGGCGGUUCGGCUGGCGAUGCUCCCGCAGCAGCAGGAGGCAUUGGCUCGACCGGUGGCAGCUACGUGCCGCCGCACCUGCGAGGCAAGGCAGGCGUCACUGGCGAGCGCAUGGGCGGAGGCAAAUUCCAGGAUCGCGACGAUCUGGCUACGCUACGGGUCACGAACGUGAGUGAGUGGGCAGAAGAGCAGGAUCUGAGGGACAUGUUCUCGAGGUUUGGACACGUGCAGCGUGUCUUCUUGGCCAAGGAUAGGGAUACAGGUAGGGCGAAGGGUUUUGCGUUCAUCUCCUUCUCUGACCGGAGCGAUGCGGCAAAGGCGUGUGAGAAGAUGGACGGCUACGGUUACAACAAUUUGAUUUUGAGGGUGGAGUUUGCGAAGAAGUCCGGCUGAGUGGGAUCGGAGGCGAUCGUGCUAGGCAUGUGAGAUAAUCGCCGUGGCUUCGCAAUCGAUAAGAUUGCGGGCGUCUACAACGACAGAUGGAUAGAAGCGCAGGCUCCAUAACGUGUGUGGCAUGCGACGAGCUGGACUGGCGCUGAAAGGCGUCUUCAAAAUGGGGGCUUUGGGGGAGGAAGCGAAAAGGCGGAUUAGCCACCCGUUACGUUUUCUUUAGCCUUGCCAGCAUACGGUAGCAAAUAGUUUUUUGAUGAACACCGGGACUGUACCACCACUCCAAUCUUACAGGCCGACUCUGUGUCCCUCCAGGCUGUCAAAUGUCUCUCCCAGAUGCCAUCCAGCAACCGAACGAGCUGAGCGACUCAAGUCCCUGCAUGCUACUCCCUGCACGACUCAGGG